AGCCGGCACAGCAUCCUCCAGGGCCGCUGGAGUUCGCGGGAAACCGGCUGUAGUCGUGUUACUUCAAGCAUAACUGGAGUCCGGUUUAAACAACAGUCUUUGAUACUAAAUCAGUGUUUAAUUAAACGAUACGUUUUAAACUACUGCGCUCGAAAACAGAGCAGUGACACGGUUUAAAACCUCCGUUUGACUGCUGCCAUGGCUGCUAGGCUAACGCUUAGUUAGCUAGCUAACGGUAGGCUGUCACAUUGGCUAACAGGGACGUUGUGCUUCGCGCGACAGGAUAGAGAAAAUACUGCCGACUACAAAGAGACAAAGGGCUGCCCCUGUCAGGCACGAAACACCAUAAAAAGAGUAUGUUCAAUCUAGACCGUUUUCGUUUUGACAAGACGGCAGCGACGACAACAAAGAGAGAGGACAGCGGCUCCAAAAGUCCAGAGUCAGAGAAGGAGAACAAGCCAGCUCAAAUGAAACCUGUCAAAGUCCCACCAAAGUCCCAUGCACGAGGAGUAGUUUUUGAGGAAGUUCUUUCUAUCGACUUGGACGAAGAGGACCUCCUUUCUGACAAAAAGACCAAAAUAUCAUUAACCAGGAAAUCCAACCCCACAGGUAAAUCAUCCAAAAAUGUGGAAUCGCAUGAUACAGAUACUGAGGACAACGAAUUGGAGGACAAAGUGAGCAGACUACUGGAGAUGUUUCCUCAGUUGACGAGGACGAUGGUACUGGAGGUCAUUGGGAGCACAAGCACACUGGAUGGGGCUGUAGCUGUUUGUCUUUCAAAGUUUGGUGACAAAGAAGCCCCAGACCAAGGCAGGAAGAGAAAACAGGAUGGAUCCAGCAGUUCUACUCAGAGUGGUGAGGAUCAACCCAACAAGAAGAGGAGGACUUCAGUGGUUUCUGAUGAAGAAGAUAAUGAAAGGAAUGAGCCAAGCUGGGAGAAGCAAGAAGCCAUGGUCAGAAGACUGCAGAAGAAGUUCCCUGACCAGGAUAAGGAGGAGCUGCGGAUGGUGCUGCAGGAACACGACUGGAAUGUUGAGGAUGCCCUGCAGGUUCUACAAAUGUUUUCAGACCCAGAUAAUACCAGCUUCAGCUCACCUGAGUCAGAAGAAAAGAAAUCCAGUAAAUCGAAAAGCAAAGACAAGUCUAGCAGAGACCACAGAAAGUUGAAGCAGCACAAAGAUCAUGGAGACAAUAAAAAAAGGAGAGACCAUAAGGACCACAGAAAUGAUAGUGAAACAGAGGAGAGUAGAGAAGACACAGACGCUACAAAGGACAGUGAAGACUCUGACUCAGAAGACAGCGAUGGUUCCAAUAAGAAAAGUAGACCUUUUACUCUGUCUUCAUGGCUUAUAAAAAGUCCUGAUCCAGUAUCCUCAUCCUCCUCUGUCAAGAAAACAACUACCUCUUCCUCCCUGAAGCCGUCCUCCUCUUCCUCUACUGCUCAGAUGCUGUCCAAGUUUGCCAGUGGGACCAGUAUAGCCAAGAAGCAGGCAGCAGAGAGCAAGAGGAAGGCGCGUGCCGCAGAUGAACAUGUCAGUUCUGAGGGAGAAAAUGACGAUGAAGAGGACACUGUUAGCAGUGAGUUUGAGAACUCUGACGAUGAGCUGGACUCUAAAGGUGGAAUGACAGAACUGAAGAAAGAGAUCAUCAAAUUUUUCCAGAAUGCGUCGAUAGAUGAGCUGUCACUGAUCUCUGGGUGCUCGGUUAAAAAGGCCCAGAAGAUUGUGGAACUGAGACCCUUUGAUAGCUGGGAAAGCCUGGUUGAUGUCUUCCAUAAGGACAAUGGACUGUCUGAGGACUUACUGCUGGGCUCCAGAGUCGUCCUCAAAGAGCGGAAGGUUGUCCUGGGGCUCAUGUCCAAAUGCGAGACCAUUUCCUCAAAAAUGGUCAAGCAGGUCACUGAGGUGAUGGAGAAGGGUACAGGGACAAUGAAACAGCCCCACAUACUCAACAGCCAAUUCCAGCUGAAACCCUAUCAGCUGAUUGGUCUAAAGUGGCUGCUGCUUCUGCAUGAGCACAAACUGAGCGGUAUCCUCGCUGAUGAAAUGGGUUUGGGGAAAACCAUCCAGGCUAUAGCGUUUCUGUCUGAGCUAUAUCAGAAUGGAAUAGAAGGUCCUCACCUCAUCACUGUGCCAUCCUCCACACUGGACAACUGGGUCAGAGAGCUGAAGCUGUGGAGUCCAAGCCUCAAAGUUCUAGUCUAUUACGGAUCUAUAGAGGACCGCCGCUACCUCAGACACGACAUCCUCAAUGAAGAUGUUGAGUUCAACGUCAUUGUGACCACGUACAACUUGGCCAUAGGAAACGAUAAUGACCGCAGCCUUUUCCGUAAACUGCGUCUGAAGUAUGCCAUUUUUGAUGAAGGUCACAUGCUGAAGAAUAUGAACUCUCUGCGCUACCGUCACCUGAUGGCUAUUAACGCAGAGCAUCGCUUGCUGCUGACAGGAACUCCCUUACAAAACAACCUAUUAGAGCUGAUGUCUCUCCUGAACUUCAUCAUGCCCUCUAUGUUCUCCAGCUCCACUACACAGCUCUCCAAAAUGUUUUCUAUGAAAUCCCAUGAGGAGCAAAGCCUCUUUGAGAGGGACCGUAUUUCUCAGGCCAAACUCAUCAUGAAACCUUUUAUCCUCCGAAGAGUCAAGAGCGAGGUCCUCAAGCAGCUGCCAGCCAAGGAAGAGAAAGUAGAGUCAUGCUCAAUGAGUGAGAAACAGCAGGUUCUCUACCAGAACCUCUUAAAAAAACUCAAGAAGUCCACCAAUGGCGAGAAACGCGAGUUGUGUAAUGUGAUGAUGCAGUUGAGGAAGAUGGCCAACCACCCUCUGCUUCAUAGGCAGUACUACACCACAGAAAAGCUCAAAGCCAUGAGCAGACUCAUGCUCAAGGAGCCAACUCACUUUGAUGCAGAUGCUGCUCUGAUUCAGGAGGACAUGGAAGUGAUGUCAGACUUUGAGCUGCAUCGUCUCUGCCAGCAGUACUCCACCAUCAGCUCCUACCAGCUUGAAACCAAUCUCCUACUUGACUCUGGGAAGUUCCACCACCUUACAGAGCUGCUGGCCUCAAUUAAAAACAAGGGAGACCGAGUGGUAUUAUUCAGUCAGUUCACCAUGAUGCUGGACAUUGUGGAAGUGCUGCUGAAACAUCUUAAGCAUCGUUACGUCAGGCUGGAUGGAUCCACACCCAUAGCUGAGAGGAUUGUGUUGAUCGAUGAGUUCAACACGGAUCCUGACAUAUUUGUGUUCCUGUUAUCGACGCGUGCUGGUGGCCUGGGCAUCAACCUUACCUCAGCUAAUGUUGUCAUCCUGCAUGACAUCGACUGUAAUCCCUACAAUGACAAACAGGCAGAGGACAGAUGUCACCGUGUAGGCCAGACCAAGACUGUACAGGUGAUUAAGCUGAUCAGUAAGGACAGCAUAGAGGACUGCAUACUGCAGCUGGGCCAGAAGAAACUAAAGCUGGAGCAGGACAUGACUGCUGCUGAACGGGGUGGUGAGGGGACCAUACCUGAAGAUAUGGCAUCUUUGCUCAAAGCCUCACUGGGACUGUGAUACACAAACACAUGAAACUUGAGACUGCACAAAUAUGUUUUUGAUGGCAUACCUGUGAUUCUGGGCAGACUUGAGUGUUUCGACUGAACAUGCACUUAUGUGUCUAUACUGGAAAACUACUGAGAACCAUACGCUGCCAUGAAAAAAAGUUCUGAUAUUGAGAUCUGAUUUACUGUGUAGCAGGGUAGCUGUGCCUAAAAACAAUAUUUUUUACAUGCACACAGUUUUUGAGACCAUCUUGAGACCAUAAUAUACAAGGGUCCCAAGCUUUAGAAACUUGGAAGAAAAAGGUGUUAAGCAGUUUAUACCACACCAUCAGGAAUGCAGCAUGUGUUGGACUGCACCAUCGAAUGUUAAGUUCACAUAACCCAUGUAGUUAUUAUUCACAUUCAAAAAUGUAUUGUAUGCUGGUAAGGGACAGUAUGCUUACUGGCGGUCUUUGAUAGAUUAAAUAUUCCAAAUCUAGUAGGGAAAUUGUGCUUACCGACCCAGAGAGGUGGUGCACACAUUUCUUUUUCUUUUUUUGCCAUACUUCAUACAGUGUUACAUUUUGUCAGUUUGUAUUUCCAAUGAGUUUACAUCAAAUAUUUUUAGCUGCUGUGAUUCACAGUAACAUUAAAAACUAUACUUAUAAUGAUGGUAUUCACAUUUAUUUUGCCAACUAUCUGGAAAAUUGUACUCUGUCACUGUAAGUGUAAUGUGUUUAGUUAUAUUUUAAGACAAUUUUUUGGCAAUGGCAGACUGAUUGGCCUUUUUUGACUGAAGAUAAAUGGUCGUGUGAGUGUAUUCAAUGCAUUUCAUACAUAAAUACUCCAUAUUUUCUAGUGUGUAAAACUAGAAAAAUAAAAAUAUAAAAUAGAAUGUCUUUAAUAAAUAUGGUGCUUGAAUUGAUUUCUUCUACUCCUUUAAUAUCUUAAGGCAAGCGAUUUGAGGAAGUAGCUGCUGCAUUCAUGUACUGUAUAAGUGGCUAAUGUGUUGUGAGUGUACAAGUGUUACUGUAAAAGCUUUUAUGAAAGUCAUUUGUAUGUUUUUAAGGUUCCUGUUUGAAAUGAAUAAUAAAAAUUGGAAUAAA